UCACAUGUAAAGUGAAACAUGUUGUUUACGAAAGCGUAACCUCAAAUACUGUUAUUUUACUUUUAAAAUAAAUGUUUUAAAAACAACUUGACUAAGAAAAUGGUUGAGAAAGAAAUGAAGUCGUCUAUCUCAGAAGACGAUGGUGAAACAAACAUUAUUAAUGAAAAUGGUAAAAGACCAGCUGAAGAUGCUGCAAAAGACGGCAAGAAGCGAGUCAGAACUAAAAAUUUAUACCGUCAACCAACUGCUAAAGAGUUAAAUCGUCUACAAGAAACAGAAAAUCUCUUCAAUUCCAAUUUAUUCCGGUUACAAAUUGAAGAGAUAUUACAAGAAGUGGAACUUAAAGAGAAAACGAUAAAGCGAUUUAACGAAUGGUAUAAUUCACUGAAGCAAUAUCUGUUAUCCAUCAGUGAAAAUGGAACAGACUAUGAUUUAUCAGAAAAAGCAAUAACAAAGCAACUGAAGGUUAAACUGCCUAUAUCUAAUGAAUUAAAUAAAACAAAAGCAAUGUUUAAAUUCCUUAAAUUUAAGGAUAUAGAUAUAGUCGGUUCAUAUGCCUCAGAAAAUGCUAUUAGCUCUAAACUUAUUGUAGAUUUACAAAUAACAGUCCCUGCGGAAACAUACACAAAAAAUGAUUCCAUAAAUUACAGAUAUCAUAAAAAACGUGCAGCCUAUCUUGCUUACAUUGCUUCCCAUUUGACAAAAUCUGAUUUAAUAGAGAAUAUACACUAUUCAUGGCUCAAUGGAGGUCGCACAAAGCCUGUCUUAGAUAUAAACCCAAAGGGAAAGUUAAACAAUGUAUUAACCGUAAGAAUAAACCUUAUUUGUGAAGAAGAGGCUUAUAAAUUGCACAGGUUCAGCCCUGGACGUAAUAACUUACGGGAAUCAUGGUUGUUAAAUGAAGAAAAUAAUGCAGAAGUCGGACCACCAACACCUUAUUACAAUUCUAGUGUAUUAUGUGAUUUGACAGCCAAAAUAAAUGAGGAUUUUAUAAAGCAGACACUCGCAAAUAGCCAUAAUUUAAAACAGGCAAUAGUGCUGUUGAAAAUCUGGAUACGACAAAGAAAGCUCAGUGUAUCCGGACAUGUUAUAAGUAUGUUAAUAUGUUGCUUGGUGCAAAUGAAGAGGAUUAACAAUAUAAUGAGCAGUUAUCAGAUUAUAAGGAAUGUAUGGAUAUAUUUGAAGACAUCUGACUGGGACACAAAAGGCCUGUCCUUAUGUAAGGCGGAGGAUUCACCGCCAAUAGAUGAAUUUCUGGAACAUUUCCCUGUAGUGUUCCUUGAUAAAACUGGGUACUACAAUAUAUGUUGGCAAAUGUGCAAGGGCACAUACAAUGCAUUGAGACGGGAGAGUGCCAUGGCCGUGGAUAUGCUAGAUCAUCCAAAAAUUAACAGCUUUAUACCACUCUUUAUGACUCCAGUGGUGCCUUUGACUCAGUUUGAUCAUAUUAUUAGAUUCAAGAACAUACAAGAUUUGAAGACAUCCAUCUUAAAAGUAGUACCCAAGCAAAAUAAACUGAAUUAUGGCAUUGAUGAGUUACCCUUGGUGGUGGAAACUCUAUAUUCCCUCUUUAGUAAGGGUCUUACGGAUAGAGUUGAUUUAAUUCUGCAGUUGGUGGAUGUAGACUUCACCUGGUCUGUGAAAAGUACUCCAGAAAAAGCACAAGACGGGUUUGAGGAAAAGUUAUCAUUCGGACUUGUUUUGAACUCUUCAAAUGCAUCCAGAAUUGUUGAUAAAGGCCCAGAAGCUAAUCUCCCGGAGGCAGAACAGUUUAGGUUGUUCUGGGGCGACAAGUCCGAGUUGCGCCGCUUCCAGGACGGCACGCACACGGAGGCGUGCGUGUGGCGCGCGCGCAGCCCGGCGCAGCGCCGCGCGGUGUGCGCGCAGAUCGUGGAUUACUUGAUGCACUUGAAGUAUGGUAUACCCUCAUCGGAAAUAUACCACAUAUGCGGGCAGUUAGACAGCAUGCUGGCGCGGAAGGAAUCUGGUGGUGACCAUAUGGAGGAGCUGGCGGUCAAAGUGCUGCAGACCUUCGACGAGCUGAGGCGGGACCUUCGGGCCCUGACCCAACUGCCCUUGGAGAUCAGCGCUGUUUAUGGUACAUCCUCCGUGUUCAGCUACUGCAGCCCGGCACCAGCUCUCCCCAGCGUGUCUGACCCUCGGGCCUGGAGACGAGCCUCCACCUGCCUGCUGAAGCUGCCCCAAGACGAUAAGACGCCCUACAUACCACCAUACACUCCGGCCAAUAAAGCUAUCGUUGAAUUGACACACAGCGGCAAGUGGCCAGGCGAUAUCGACGCCUUCCGGUGCCUCAAAGCGGCAUUCCACCUGCAGAUUUCCGAACGCAUCAGCCAACAGUACACCCUGCCGAGCCAGGCCUAUCCCACACACGUGGACGUCAUGAAAAACGGCUUAGCGUUCAGGCUGGAGAUAGCGCACCCGAAGGAGGUGACUCUCUUGCGGAGAGAGAUGGAGAACGGUGUGGUGAAAUUCAAGGAGAGUGAGGAGAGUGUGAGGCUGCAGUGCGAGACCGUGCUGUUGCCGAGGUUGAGGAGUGCUUUACAUGGGUUGCACACGAAGCACCCGGCCUACGGCCCCGCCGCGUGCCUCCUCAAGCGCUGGCUGUCCUCCCACCUCCUCUCCCCCCCGCACCUCCCCGCCACCCUCGCUGAACUGCUCGCCGCCAUCCCUUUCCUCCUCCCCUCCCCCCUGUCUCCCCCCACUCAGCCGACCACCGCGUUGUACAGGACGCUGAGGCUGCUGGCCGACACGGAUUGGAGGAGCCAGAUGUUUUUGCUCGACUUCAAUGACGAUAUGACGCGUGAAGAAAUAUCAGAAAUAGAACGAAAGUUCACGGAAUCCACCACAAAACCAGCCAUGUUCAUAGCCACGUCGUACGAUGGCGAGCUACCCUCCGCCUGGAGCACAUCGAACCCGAGCCAGCAAGUAGUCGCCCGGGUGCAGGGAUUGGCCAAAGCCACUUUGCAGUACGUGGAGAAGGGUGUGGAAAAUGGGGAGGAGAAUUUACUUGGUGCGUUCAUCCCAUCUCUCGCCGGCUACGAUGCACUCAUCCGGGUGCACAGCGGACUCGCGCCGCUCCGCAGCGAGCGCGCGGACUCGCGGCCUCGCGCCAACGUGAGUGCGAGUCCCGCGGGUGCGGGCGCGAGUCCCGCGGGUGCGGGCGCGAGUUGUGACGUCGUACCUGUGCUCGACUUUCACCUCGUGGAGGAGUACUUGCGGGAUUUGAGGAGUGCAUACGACGAGUUCGCGCUGUUCUUCCACGACCAUUAUGGUGGUGACGUCAUCGCGGUGCUCUGGAGACCUCACGUCAAGGAGCAUAGAGACUUUCAGAUUAUUAACGCAAACGGAGUCAGACCAGUUAAAGUGAGUGGAGAAACAAAAUAUAAAGUGAAUAUUGAAGCCAUUAUAGAAGAUUUCAGGAUACUGGGAAAAGGUCUUGUUGCCGAUAUCGUUGUUAAUUCUUAGUAUUUGUAUGAAAUAUAUUAUUUGAUUACAAUUUAA